AUGACAGCGUUAACGAUAUCAAAAGCUUCACAAUUAUUACGAUUACGUCCCAUUACGGAUAACAGUACCAUUCAUGUUCCACGUGAAUUCCAAACAUUUGCAAAACUUUUUGCAAGUCAUCGACGGCCAAAAGCGGAUAUUAGUGCUGAAAUAAUUGACGACGGCUUACCGAAAGACUAUCGAUUACAAGUUUGCAAGGUGAGCAGUCGGCGGCUCGAUUCUAUUAUUUGUAAAGCAAUUGGACAAGGACGAGGGCAAGCUGAAAAGUUGAUUUUAACGGGUAAGGUGCUGAUAAACGAGCAAGACAUGCCAAAAAAAGCAGCUUAUUACGUACAAGAGAACGAUAUAAUUGAUGUCUGGAAACAGCCGGUGGAAGGUAACACUAAAUUUGCUGAAGUUCAUAGGAUCGAAAUAAUCAAUUAUGUCUUAACUGAACAAGGCUAUGACAUUAACUUAAAAUCAUGGAAAAACUUUUAUGUACAAAAUUGGCGUGAUAAAAAUUAA